GAUCAGUGGAAAAAGUGAAAGGAACGUGCUUCUAUAGUUUUUGACAAAUAAGAAAUAGACAAUGUCCACCACACAGCACAAUCUAUCUACAGCGACGCAGUGACUCCUGAAUUCUGAGUCUUUGUAUAGAAAUUAGAAAGCCUUCUCUUCUUCUGCUUCUGCUUCUUCUUCUUCUUCUUCUUCUUCUUCUUCUUCUUCUUUUUCCUCUCCUUAAGCUCUUUACUCAGCGGCAGCAUCACAUGUGUAUCUCCACACAAACCUAAAAACAGUUUUAGAAAUAAAUUUGUUUGUUGAUAGUGAUAUGUGAUAAUUAAACACCUUGCUCAUUGGUUUUCAGUCCCAAUAAUUCAGAUCCCAAACACGUCCUUAUAGAUCUCUUAAAUUUCCCACCUUGGCGAUCUUUGACACAACCCUAAUUUGGAUUCCUCUGCUUCGAAUCUACUGUCACUGUAACAGGGAAAGAAAACUUUUUUUUCUUUUUUCUCUGAAAAAAAUUUUUUUAUCUUUUUUUCCCGGAAAAUAAGCGAUUUUGUGGUUGGAGAUUUGGGAUUUGUAGAGAAUGAGGCGGAGAGCGGCGGAUUUUCGCAGGCCGGUGAAGAGACGGUUUUCGAAUGUGGUGUGGUGGAUUUUUUGUUUCGUGGUAGUUAUGCUGUUCUUUUUCAUUUUGAGCAAAGGGAAUCAGAUAGAGUCGAGGCCCGCCAUGACCAAGAGAUCUUACAGGCUCGAUAGAAUUAUGGAAGGUCUAAAUAUUACUGACGAGAUGUUAAGGCCCAACUCAGUGGCCAGGCAGAUCAGUGACCAGAUUUCUCUUGCUAAAGCUUUCGUUGUGAUUGCCAAAGAAAGCAAAAACCUUCAAUUUGCUUGGGAGUUGAGUGCCCAGAUUCGUAAUUCACAGAUUCUCCUCUCAAGUGCUGCAACACGUAGAACUCCUCUGACAGUUGGAGAAUCUGAAACUGCAAUUCGUGAUAUGGCACUUCUACUCUACCAAGCCCAACAACAACAUUAUGAUAGUGCAACUAUGAUCAUGAAGCUGAAAGCCAAAAUCCAAGGGCUUGAAGAACAAAUAAGCUCAAUUAAUGAGAAGAGUUCAAAAUAUGGACAAAUAGCUGCUGAAGAAGUUCCCAAAAGUCUAUACUGCCUUGGUGUUCGGUUGACUACCGAAUGGUUCAAAAAUCAAAAUUUGCAGAGGAAACUCAAGGAAAGAAAGCAAAUAGACAUAAAACUUAAAAAUAAUGAUCUCUAUCAUUUUUGUGUCUUCUCUGACAAUAUCCUUGCAACAUCAGUUGUAGUUAAUUCAACUGCUUUGAAUUCCAAAAGUCCAGAAAAGGUUGUCUUCCAUCUUGUGACUGAUGAAAUAAAUUUUUCUGCAAUGAAGGCCUGGUUUUCCAUGAACAGCUUCCGAGGGUUGACCAUUGAGGUUCAAAAGUUUGAAGACUUCAGCUGGCUAAAUGCAUCUUAUGUCCCCGUCUUGAAGCAGCUACAAGACUCUGAAACUCAGAAUUAUUACUUUUCUGGUAAUACCGAUGAUGGUCGAACUCCAAUCAAGUUCAGGAACCCUAAGUACCUGUCCAUGCUUAACCACCUCAGGUUUUAUAUUCCAGAAGUUUUUCCUGCACUCAGGAAGGUGGUGUUUCUUGACGAUGAUGUUGUGGUUAAGAAGGAUCUAUCUGGUCUUUUCUCCAUUGAUUUGAAUAACAAUGUCAAUGGAGCAGUCGAGACAUGCAUGGAGACGUUUCACAGAUACCACAAAUAUUUGAACUAUUCUCAUCCUCUUAUAAGAGCACACUUUGAUCCUGAUGCAUGUGGAUGGGCAUUUGGGAUGAACGUCUUCGAUUUGGUCGAGUGGAGGAGAAGGAAUGUAACAGGAAUCUACCACUACUGGCAGGAAAACAAUGUUGACCGGACGUUGUGGAAGCUAGGUACAUUACCGCCUGGACUGCUGACAUUCUAUGGGUUGACAGAACCUUUGGAUCCCUCAUGGCAUGUGUUGGGUUUGGGCUACACAAAUGUUGAUCCUCAGAUGAUAGAGAAGGGUGCUGUACUCCAUUUUAAUGGAAACUCAAAGCCGUGGUUGAAGAUUGGGAUAGAGAAGUACAAGCCCCUUUGGGAGAAAUAUGUUGAUUAUACACAUCCUCUUCUGCAAAGCUGCAAUUUCCAUUGAUUUUGGACACGAGAAGUUUCAGUGUUUUCUUCCACGACAGCUUUGCAGAAGUGCUUGUAAAAUUUUGAGAGAUCAAGCAUGGUUAGCAGUUGUAAGAGGGGUAUUUGAUUUUGUAGUUCCUCUUGUAGUGUAUAUUUUGAUGACUCGACAUGAAUCACUCGAAAUUGUUUAUGCCCACAUUAUUGUUAGCCUUUCUGUAGUAACAUUAUCAGCUGUAAUUCUUUUAAUCUCUCCUUCACAAUACAUAAAAUUUAUUCUCCA